CAGGAUCUUUGCCGGGGGCCACGUUGCCGGAGCUAGGCACGCAGGACGCAGAGCUGAGCACCGGCAUCUGUUUCACACGAGAUGGGGUGGUAGAUGGGCCUCUCUUGACAACAGGUUUGGAUAUCUGUUUUUCUCUCUCUCUCUCUUGUUCUAUCUCGGAUGAGCUUUGAACUCCAAAACAAUAUGGAGAAACAGCAAUUAGUAUAUGCAAAACAGGAGACCAACACCACCUCAAACUCAGGCACUCCUGCUGCAUACUUUGUCAUUCUCAAGCAGGCACCUGGCAGUGGCGGCACUGAGCGUAGUAUGUUGGUGGCUAAACAAGAACUUGGGGGUGUCCUAGAAAAAAGAAACAAAUUGGGACCAGGAAAUGUUCACCACCCAUUCGAAUGCCGCUCUGGAAAUGUCUGUGUCACGUUGGAGAACCAGGAGAUGUGGAGUCAGUUUUACAAACGUGGCACAGAGAUGAUCUUAACAAAGCAUGGCCGGCGCAUGUUUCCUAAUUGUAAAUUCUGCAUCUCGGGGCUUGAUUCUUCACGGAAGUACAUUCUCGUGAUGGACAUUGCUCCUGUUGACAACCAUCGCUACAAGUGGAAUGGGCGUUGGUGGGAAGUAAAUGGCAAAGCGGAACCACAUGUACUUGGCAGAGUGUACAUUCAUCCCAAUUCACCUUCCAGUGGAAGCUACUGGAUGAGGCAGCCUAUCUCCUUUUACAAAUUGAAACUUACCAACAAUACUCUAGACCAGGAAGGUCAUAUAAUCCUACAUUCCAUGCAUCGGUACCUGCCACGCUUGCAUGUUAUCCCUACUGACAAACCCACUGAUGUAAUUCCUCUCAAUGGCCCGAAUGUACUCACCUUCACUUUCCCACAGACCGAGUUUGUGGCCGUGACUGCCUAUCAGAACUUAAAGAUCACACAACUGAAGAUUGACUUCAAUCCAUUUGCAAAGGGCUUUCGGGAUGAUGGGCUGAACAGUAGGCCCAUGCGGGAAUUGAGAUCCCGAAGCAAUGAGUCAACAGAUGGCGGUUGCAGUGAUGAUUCUGCUUCUUCCCGAAGUGCAGUUUUGGACUCCAGUAAACACAUCAAAAUUAAAAGUGAGGAGCAAUCUGAAAUGCAUUCCAGGCACAUGAAAAUGCAAGGUGACAUUUGUGCAUCUCCAGCUACAAGUUUUGAUGAGGAAUUGUACAACACUGAUGAAGAGGAAGGGUGCUUUGAAACCGAGAUACCAGAAGCCAGUGAAAUUGAUUCAAGAAUGGGCAUGAGGCAGAAAAGAUCAACUGAAAGCAUCUUAAAACAGCUCCCUAACGUGUAUUCUACUCAUUCAUUCGGUAUUGCACCAGCUGAAGAUCAGGAAGAAUCUUUCAAUAUCGUUAUCAAAGAAGAGCCACCAGAAGAUGAGUACUACCAUGCAGCAAACAGAGAGAAUCCUGAUAGUGCUGGGCUGAAAUGUAAGAAAGAGGAGGAGAGUUAUUUAGAUUCUUCCAACCAGAGCACUCCAGCUUCAGAGCAACAGCUUGACGGGGCUAAUUGUGAUUUAGUGAAUAAAACUAUCGAUAAAAAUGGUGCCAGUGAAGUGGAUGCAAAUACUGGGGCUGUGAAACGGCCAUUGAAUAGCGCUGAAGGGGUGGCUAAAGCCAAGAUGCUGCGAAUGGAAAGUGGCAAAAUGCCCGUUGUUUGUUUGGAGCCAUGCACCAUUACAAAGAGUACUAUAAAAAUAUCUGACCUGCCACAAAAGUUGCUAUCUCCUCGUCGGAGAAUCAGGGUACCUUUGACUCCUCGUGCUCUCCUCCCUCUAAGUUCAACUGAAAAACCUUCUCACUCACCCAGUUCUGCUGAAAAAUCUAAGCCAGAAAGUGUGGACUCAUUGCCAGAGGGCAUCAAAUGCAAAGGGAAUGACUCUGAUUCUGUGUGUGGAAGGACUAAAAAGAAAAGGAGUACUUCUGCAAUGUCACAUAGCUCAAUUGCAUCUCAUACAACACCAUCCCAAAAGGCUUCUAAUGAAAAUUCUGAAUUUUGCAACACCAAACACAAUGAAAAGACUACAAAUUGUGAGAUUUGGAGCCCUGCAGGUAAUGUGGAUAAUUGUAUUGAGGAUUCACCUAUUUGUUCAAAGUCAUCACGUUUGUCGACUAAGGCCAUCAGUUCAGGUAUCUGGAGACCUCCAGAUGGCACAGCUGAGAGUAUUAAAGAAAUGCCUGUACUACACUCCAGCUCCAAGUCUCAGUGUGUAUCAAAACAACAACAUCUCGCAGUCAGAGCUAAUAGACGGAGUCGAUCAAAAAAGUUGCAACAGUCUGCAAAAGGUGCCCAUCCUGACUCUGCAGCAGUUGUUUCCCUGGAUUCCUCUGAACCCUUGGAACAGGAAGAAGUGUUCUGUGAUGUCAGUCCAGACCUGGAUGAUGUAGAGGGAGUUACCUUCGUGUCAUAUGCAUCUCAGGAUGCCUUGCAGUCCCACCUGGUUGAGCAGGUACCAGAGAACUCUAGUGAUCUCAUCCAUCAGACAGUUCCCCAAGAAAGUGAUGAGGAGAAAAUUGAAAGACUGGAAGAGAAGCUAAUUGAAGACUUAACUCAUUUUGACUCCAGAGUCAUUAUGCACCCAUCACUUAAAACAGCUGGUGUUAAGCCAAGUUCCCUGAUGUCAAAGGUCAGCCUAAACUUGAAGCAUUUGGGAAUUGUAAUACUUCCUCCAUCAGCAGGAUGCAAAGAUGCCUUAGAAUGCUCACCCUCCACACAAACUGACCAGAGACCUCCAGAAGAAGAAAUUCCAUUUAUUUCCAGAACAGGAAAAACAAAUGAUUUUACAAAACUGAAGGGUUGGAAACAAAAACUUGCACAGCAGACUGGGGCAUCUGUUUCCAAACAGACUGAAGCAACUUCCAGUUUGGAAAACACUGUGAAAAAUCGUUCUGCCUUCUUAAGUGAUAAACUGGAUGAAUACCUGGAAAAUGAAGAGAAAAUCAUCAAACAGCGAGCUGAUCUGUGCAUAAACAAAGUAUCAAAAGUUGUUUAUCAGAUGCCCACCAAAAGUUCCAGUUACGUCCGAACAUUGGAUAGUGUACUAAAACACCGGGCGUCUGAAGCCACCCCUCGACAGUCUGACUCAUCUAGGCAUGCUGUGGUUUCCUCACAGCCCACUUCAGUUGACUCUGUUUCCAAAGCCUGCGAACGGAGUGGAAAAGUAAUGCGAUCUAAUGCAGCCAGCAAAGAGCAGAAGUCUUCAAGCAGUACAAAAUCAACACCAAAAACAGCCAGCCCACCUACUAAAGCAUGUUCUACACGCAUGAAACCUCUGGGGCUGUCCAAAAAGCAAAAGAAGUUGAUGGAUCUGGAGAAUAGUGCCCUUUGGGAUGGAAAGUCAAGGACUUACAUUACUGAAGAACGAGCAGAGGCAUCUCUCUUAACUCUACUCACUGCACAGGGAAAGCUUCAAACUAGAAAACACAAAGUGAUACCUAAGCGGGCACCAAUGUGUAAGAAUGAGUUCUGCCGCUUAGGCUGUAUCUGUUCUAGCCUGUCACAGAUGAAAGAACCGCCCACGCAUUGCCGCAAGCCAGAAUGCAUGUUCAAUUGUAUGUGUCCAAAACGUGAGAUGUUGGUGCUGAAGUCUUUUGGGCGACGCAGAAGGCAGCUGAGCAAGUCUCUGCGGGAAGAUCUGAUAUUCUACGAUGCAUUAGCAGAUGAUGAUGAAUGGAAACCAAGAACCAGAAAGAGGAAAAAGAAAAAAGUAGUUGAAUAUGCAGCAAUUCCUGAACCGGAGAAACCUGUGCGACCAUUUCCUCUAUGGGUUCGGCAGGAGGGCGAGGUGGAUCCUGAGCCAGUCUACACUGCACCUCUCCCAAAAUCCUUUCAUAGAAGCAAAUUCCUUCCAUCAUCCCAACCACCAUCUCCACUAAGUCCAGAUGGGCAUGACUCUCCUAAAGCUGAUGUUAGUUCGGUGUUGUCGACUCCUGCUAGUUCACCGAAGCCCUCUGAGGCUGAUGAGAAAGGCCCAGUGUAUUGGUAUUUUGAAAGUAUGAUGACCUGUGCACGUGUUUGCGUCUUCGAACGCAAAAAAGUUGAAAGAUCAAUAAUCUGCACCUGCAAUUCAGAGCACAGUUGUGGACAGGAAAACAAUCUAUACAGUAAGAUUAAUAACAAAGAAACAUUUGAAGCAUGCAAGUUGAAGCACUGCAGUGAUUCCAGCUCCAGAGAGGUGUUGGACUUUGAGAAAUUGGAAGAUUCUGAGAGUGAUUCAAUGUCACCAAAUCCUUCGGAGAUGUGCAAAUCAAAGACAACCCAGGAUAUGGACUUGGAUGCACAAUGUGAUAGUCCUCAGAAAGAGACUGCAGAAUGUCCAUCAACAGAGCAACAGACAGCGGAGUCUAAAAAUGCACCUAAGCUGAUUGAGAUAAUUUCAAAUUGCAAUUGGGAAGCAGAGCGUGUAAAUAUCCUUAAAGUGAUUGCAUGCCACACCGUCAAUAAAGGGACUUCGGAAAAAAUAUAUACUGGGAACUUCCUUCUUGAGAUCAUGUCAAAUUGUGAAAACAACCAAGCCCUUUCACCUGAAGGUGCACCGAUUUAUAGCUCCUUAGUGAAGAUUACUCAGCCAGGAAUCAGGGAGAGAGAAGGAAAAAUGUCAGUUCACACGAUGUCCAUUCAGAAGGUCUCCCAAUCCUCUUGGCGCAAGCUGCCUGAAACACGACCAAUUGCACCAAAAGAAACACCUAACAGUCACAUUACAGGGAAAAGUCAGCUAACCAGCUUUCAUUUAAGCUCACAAGUGGCUAAUAAGGGAAAGCCAGUAUAUAAUGCUGAUUUGCCCGCUUCCAUUAAAACCGGCUUGAUCCAGAUCAGUGGAAAUGAAAAUAGUGAGACAAAGUUGACACUAGGUCAGGUUGGAGCACUGCAUUCAGUUAAUAAGGUGAUUGCUAACCUUAAAAGAACAUUGAAGUCCACUGAAUUAUUUGAGAAACCUUUCUCAGAUACAACUAUCUCUUCAAACACAACUCAACCUGCCUCGAAGCAACCAAUGUUUUGCACCAUAUCCAUUGACAGCAAAGAAUUUCAAAAUACCAUUGAUGCUACUUCUGGUAACAAAGCCACAGGCAGUCAUGCAAUACCUGAUAGCUACACUCGCCUUGUAAUAAAGAAAGAUGGAGGUCUGCAAAAGUCGAAAUCCUGCUUCAGUUCAUUGCAGCCAGUGCUUGGUAGACAGCAGGGUGGCACUCCAUUGUCCACAUUACCAGCAGUCAGCAUUGCUACACUAGCUGGUCCUUCUCUGAUAUCAACAUUAGUGGUUAUGGCAGCUGGCCCAAACACACUCCCUUUUGUAGCUGGUCAAUCACAAAGCAAUGACUUGUCUGUUUCAGUAACCACUGGUAACCGCUCCCCAAAUAACACUCAGACCACAGGUGCUGUAGGGCCGCCAUCUUCUGCCCUACUGACAGUACAGAGACUUUCAGAGCAGAGAGAUGUAUCUACAAGUGAAGUUGAAACUCCUGCGAAAAGUACAGCAACAACUCUAGUUGCAGUGAUCUCAGCAAGUGCUUCAGGAGUCAGGACAAUGUUAUCUCCAGUGAUCUCGCCCAGCUCCUCUACCAUGAACACUGUUGCUCUAACCAAUACUGUGAAUACAAAAACAACCAUAAUGUCAGUAUCAGCAACACCAAAUAAUACCACAGGGAUACCUAAACAGCCUGAAGCUGCCAAUUCAGUUACAUCUGAUUCUUCUAAAGCUGUGAAAACCAAUGGACCACGGUUGCUUUUGAUCCCAACACAGUCUGGAACAUCUUCAAUCCGGCCUGUCCAGAAUCUGCAACUCUCACCUGGGCAGAAAUUGAUACUACAGCCCCUAAAAUGUCCAGAUGGGAACCUCUUCCGACAUCCAAAUGGCCAGAUCAUUCAACUUGUGCCUUUAACAAAUGUUGGUUCUGGGGCUCGUCCAAAUCUCCACCAGAUGGUCUCACUUAACCUACGGAAUCCAGGUUCCACAGGAGGAAUCCGCUUCCCUACACCUACAAAAACUUCUGCAGCACCUCCCAGUAGUAAUGUUCCACCUCGCAUUGUUCAACAAGGGAUAAUACCACAAAGAGGAAGGCCACGUAUUAUUCCUUUUACAAAAGCCAUUCCUGUUGCAUUAAAGGUGUCCUCUGCUGCUACGCCUGUUAACCCUGUGGGCAUGGCUGUUCCCAUUGUAACUACACCACAGACAAAGUUUAUAACUGUUAAUGCAGCCAGUAAUCCUGUUGAUACGACUAGUAAUCCUGUCUGUGCAGGCAAUCUGGUUCCCUUACAGCCAAUGGGAUUUGCUUUGCUACAGUUACCACCAGGGCAGAAACUUUUACCAAACACCAUCAUAACCACUGGGGGGCCACUGAGGUUUGUGAGUCCUCAACCUGGUGUGCCUUUGACUGAAAAAACAGACAGUGAGAAAAGCAGUAAAGGAGAGGAAUCGGAGAACGUUUCAAACCAGGAUAGCAAUAGCAUCUCAGAAGAACAGCUGACUGAAGCUGGCCUUGAAGAUAUUCAUGUUGCAGGCUCUGAGCUUGUUGAAACAACGGUGACUGAACAUUCUCCUGGAGAGGACCAUGUCUGUGCUGACCCUUUACCAGAAGCUAAACUGGGAGACAAGUCUGAAGCAGCACAUUCCUCCCCUUCCUUAAGUGAGGUGGAUGAUGAGAUGGAAGCUGAUUCUUUGGACCAGAAAGCUGGGCUAGAAAAGUCCACCCCUGCAGAGUUGGCUGACCAUUCGUACACCAGUGAAAUGCACAAUAUGAAAGAAAAUGAGAAUGGAAGCUCUUUUGUAGAGCUGGCUGACCAUUUGUACACCAGUGAAAUGCACAUUGUGAAAGAAAGUGAGAAUGUAAGUUCUUUGCAGGAGAAUGCCCUGGGACCUGGCAAAGAAUUGGUUGCUGAACAAGAUGUCUCAGAAGCUAACCCUCUAACAAUCGGAAAGAAACCAGAUAAUCCAUGCAGUACAAAAGAGCAAAAUGACCUGCAACCUGAGAGAUUGCAGAUGAAGACAAAAGGCUGUAGUAGAACAAAUACUUCUGAUACUUCCUUUAACUGUGAAGAAGAUAUCCAAAAUGAUUCAGAAAGUGAGGAAUUUAUGGACCUUGAUUCAGAUAUGCAGUAUAUAAACAACCUGGAAUCAGAUAAGGAUACGGACUCUCCGAGUGACAUGGAGGAUGGUGAGAUUCCAAGUGAUAUAGAGGAGAUAGAUAUUGAGAAAAUGUUUGACUCAACCUCCAGUGAAGAGGCUGUGGAUAUUGAGACAGUGGACGAACUCUCUGAGAAAAUCAAUAUUGCUCGUCUUAUUGCUUCUGCUUCCCACCAUCGUACCAAAGCCAAAUGUCACUUCCAUAAUCCGUACCUUAUUAAAAAAGCCCCAGAGGAGGAACCCAAACCCAAGGAGAAACCUAACCCAUAUCUCAGUAAAGAAGCAAAAGCCCAACUGGAUGCUCUGGUGGUAUAUCGGACUGCACAUACAGUAAAUGAGAGGCGGAGGCGCUUUGUGAUGAGAAACCUCUUUGAAAAAUUGAAGAGGACCCUGGGGCUGCGCAAGGAACAGAGAGCCUCAAAGUAUUACAUUCUCAAACAGGCAUUUUCCGAAAUCCAGAAUCUCCAGGAUCAUGCUGAUCGUCUGUCAGCUGAGAGAAGCAUCCAGACUCGUAAAAGGGAUUUACUCAUCCGAAAGGUCUCUCUCUUGACUGGGAAGACUGAGGAGGUCAUUUUGAAGAAACUGGAGUACAUCUGUGCCAAGCAGAGAGCAUUAGAUGUUCAGAAGAAAAACGUUGUGCAACCAGAAGCUGAUGCUGAAAAGCAGCACUGCAGCAGUUGGAAAAGAGUACCUAAUUCAUCUGAAACUAUGGACAUUAUCCAGAAGGUGGCAAUGAAUUUGCAGACCCAGAAGCCACCUAACGUCACUAUGCUAACAAGCAAGAAGGACCCAGCACCAGAGUCUGCGAAACCCCGUAUUCUCACUAGAAAAUGGUCAUCAACAGCUCCACAUUCUCCAGUCUCUUCUGUCCCCUUGACUCCUGGGAGUUUGCUAAUGAUGCCACAGGGUCAGGUGCUGACUUUAAAAGGCCCACUUGUUUCUGGUGAAAACCCUGUCUUCACUGCUGAAGGACUUCUACAUGGAAACCAGUUGUUACCCAAGUGUGAUGACACAGCAGGGGCAAGGUUUGCAGGCAUUGCUUUAGUUACUAUCCAAGUGCAGGGCUUGCCGGUUCCAUUUCAGGUAAACAAUGCUACUGUUGAGGGAUCUCACGGUUCCGCAGGGAAAACAUCUGCACUCUCGAGCACCAGACCUCCUGGGACUGAAGUGGUAGGUUCUGGUGCAGCUGAUGUCAUGCAAGGGAAAGAACCCAAGUCCGAAGCUUCAGCAGAUUCACUUGGUGAUAAAAAUUCCUCCUUCCUGAUGCCAAGAAUAGUGAAUGUGACCUCUCUAGCAACUGGAGAAUCUCCAUCAUUGAAUAUGCAAGGAAUGAAUGAUUCGUUUGCAGAAGUGGAUCCUCAAGCUCUUGACUUCAGCAUGAAAGGGAGGAAACAAGGAGAACAAGUUUCCAGAGACAGUAAAAGAACAUCUGACCUAAGUAACAGCUCAAACAUUACUGGAGAGUUCACUGUACUUGGUGAAAGUGAGGUCAUGCCAUUUCUUAUUGUAUCACCAGAGGCUUCAAAGUCCGAACAUCAACAACAAGCACAGCAGAUUGCAGUUUCUCAUGUAGUGGGUUCUGACAAAAUCGAUGGAUUACCAAAGGCAUUGGAUCUGUCUUGUUUCCCUGAUAAAGCUUCAGUGUCUUCCACAGAAAAGGCCUGGACUAGAGAGGAAACAUCAACUGGGUCAGCACCAACAACUGAAAUAAUACUUGAAGACAAAUUGGAGUUUCAGCUGAUGAGCAGUCGGGUGCAGACAUGCAACACUGGCAAAGCUAUUGGACUGAGUGACAGGGAUACAGAACUGUCAUCACUGUUAAAAGCCAAUGGCACAACGUCUAGUGAGAUGGUGGAUACUGAUGGCUAUGAGCCAUUCACUUCACUUUUAAAUGAGCUUGCAUAUUUAAACCAGCAGUUCUCUGAUGAUGAGGAAAAUCCAAAUGCGUCUUCAAUGUCUGAUCACCAGACAUUGGGCUUUAUUGAGAAUGGAAAUCGAGGAGACGAUAUUGAUGAAUUUUCAUUGAUCCACGGACCAAUAAGAUUGGUGGACAUUGGUGCUAAUGAAGCCACUGAACUGAAACAGACAUCAGAGAGGGAAAGUGGUGGCUCAAGUAGCCCCCUUGUAUUGCAGUUGGAAGGAGAGGAAUUGAAUGUUGAGCAGUUGCUUAGCAGCGAGAUACCAGUGGAUUCCCAAAAUGAGUUGGACGAUGGCACACUGGAUUUCGAAAGCGAUCAUGCUUGUGGGGUAAACAGUUCAGUAACUGUUUCCCCUCCUCCACUUGUACAUAUGAAGGCAGUCUCACCUUCAUCAAACACAGAGGUUCCAAGCAGUUUAGACUUGCUUUGGAGACCAAUGCCUAAAUUGGCACCCCUUGGCUUAAUUAGGGUACCUGGAAAGGUUGAAUCAGUAACAAUGACAGAUCAUUCUUCAGAUAAUAACAGGCCUAUGCCCGCACUAGCACGCAUCUCAUCUCCACAACACAUUAGCACAGAGAGUCCUUGCAGUGUUUCAGAAGAACACUUCAACAAUUCCUCUGUGAAAGAGUGAUCAAACUGCUACUUCAAAAUUACUCUCUCCUUGGCCACCUUUUGAGGAUUCUCUUCUGAAAGCAAGUACACUUUCGGAUCAUCUCUCCAAUGAUUUUAAAUAUGAAAUUGAAAUAAUUAUUCUGAAUGGAAUUAAACUUUGGAGAUUUGUGGCGAUUGUGCUGGGAUUGCUAUUAAAAAUAACCAAUGAAGUGUAUUAAUAAUCUGGUAUUUCACCAGAUAAUGAAUCUAAUGUAUAGUUUCUUCUACAAUUCACCAUGAAUAUUGUGGUGAUCCCAGAACUGAUUGCUGAAAUUGAGUAUUUUGCCAUUUGGUUUUAUGAUGUAGAAUCUUCGAUUUAAAAUCACUUUCUGGACUUUUUGUACAGUUUCUUAACUUGUCACCUUAAGCAUAAAGAUGCUGAGCAUAACUUCCUGGGUGGGUAUUAAACAUCUUUUGUAUGUAGCUUGUAUAGUGUAGAGAUUAAGCUUUGCUAGAGCAAUCAUUCAUCUGGAGUACAAACUGACUUUGUUUCGGUGGUUUCGUAAAUCUAUUUUUCUGAAUAGCUGAGGGAGUGUUGGUGUAUUUCACAUGCACCAGACCUUCCUUUUAGAUUUCCUAGUAUUUGAAUGGAAUCUAUUGUGUUGAUACAGAUGAAAAUUAAUUGAUUAUGUUGAGUGCUAAAAGGUUGACAGACGAAAUCUGAUUUUUGAUGUAUCUUGAAUAAUGUGUAAAUACUGUGCUACAUAUUUUUUUUAAAAAAUUGUGAAAUAGAAAUUUCUUAAGUUUU